UCUUGACCGAUCAUCACUCGAAACAGGCCGUGGUAAACCGCUGGAUUUCUCAUCAUUCAUUUGAAAGAACGCUGCUCGGCAAGGCGAUGGCAGAAAACGGAAACCCACGAGCAAUCGUUGGGACACAGGCUCACAGGCCUGGGAAUAUCCCAUCAGAAGAGCCAACACCUCUGAAUUGGGGACGCCCCGAGCAGACGGGAGCGGCAUAUGACUUUAGAAGCGACGUCAUAACAACACCAUCCCAAGGCAUGUUAACCGCCAUCGCACGAACGACCCUCAACGACGACGUCUUCGAGGAAGACACCACAACCUCCUCCUUCGAGCGCGAGAUAGCAACCCUAUGCGGCCACGAGGCAGGCGCCUUCGUCCUCAGCGGCACCAUGGCCAACCAGCUCGCCCUCCGCACCAUUCUCCACCAGCCCCCGCACGGCAUCCUCGCAGACGCGCAGUCGCACAUCGUCCACUGGGAGGCCGGCGGCGUGGCGCAUCUGUCUGGGGCUAUGGUACAGGCUAUCUGGCCGAUUAACGGCUGCCACCUCACCUUAGCGGACGUCCAAAAACACGCCGUAAUAACGGACGACGUGCAUAAGUGCCCGACCCGCGUCGUCAGUAUCGAGAAUACCACGUCCGGGACGAUAGUACCCCUGGCAGAGCUCCGACGUAUCGGCACCUGGGCAAGGGGGAAUGGCAUCGCAGUCCACAUGGACGGCGCCCGGCUGUGGGAGGCCGUGGCCGCGGGCGCGGGGACGAUCCGUGGAUUCUCGCGGUGUGUGGACGUGGUUACGCUGGACUUUAGUAAGAACCUGGGCGCGCCGAUGGGGGCGAUGGUGGUUGGGCCGGCGAGGUUGAUCAGGAGAUUGCGGAGGAUUAGGAAGAGUGUCGGCGGGGGGAUGCGUCAGGCGGGAGUCCUGGCUGCUGCGGCUAGGCAGGCUGUGGUGGAGAAUUUUGGGCUCGGCCAGGUGGAUUCUAGGGGGGUUUUGGGGAGGAGCCAUGAGUUGGCGCGGAAGGUUGGACGGAUGUGGACGGAGCGAGGAGGGAGGCUGUCGCGAGAAGUCGAGACGAAUAUGGUCUGGCUUGAUUUGAGGCGUGCAGGUAUUGACUCGACGGCCUGGAAUGAAGCGGGAAAGAGACGAGGGAUCAGACUUAAUGGGGAAAGAGUCGUUCUCCAUCACCAGGUUUGUGACUCGGCCAUGGAGAAGCUCAAGGCCGUCAUAGAGGAGGUGCUUGAUGGCCGUGAUUGUGAAACAAGACUCGGCUAUGGUCCAGUUGUUUCAGUGCAGGAGGGUUUGAUGAGGGCAAAGAUUUAAUUAAUAAAAUUGUGACUGCAUUCAAUACACUCACUUCUUAACAGCUAGCAUCAGUUUGGAGAGUAAAUGAUACAAAACCAACCACA